AUGAUUAAUGGUACAGGAAAUCAUGAUAACAAGUUGAGCCAUUUUUGUGUCUCAUUACACGAGCACCAAGAGAGUGAUGGUAAGAAAAAGUCAUUAAAUUGGCCCAUUUUUCCCUCCAUCAACCCAACAUCGUCCGGACAUUUAACAAUGAAAAUAAAUGGAUGGAGGAAAGCACUUAAAGUCUUUUACAACAAUUUCAAAGCGAGACCUAAAACUCCUUCAUCUCCCGUCUAUAGUCUUGCUGGUUGGUGUGUUAGAGGUGUGAUGGUUGCCCAUUAA